CCUUGUUCCUUCCACUCCACGUUGAAGGGGAAAAAGAACACUUCGGCAUCUUCAACGGCACGGCUUCCUCUCCACUGGCCCGGAGCCACGGAUCGAGGACAUCUUUGUCAUCUAGUCCAACAAGCAAACAGCAAGUUCUUUGUUAAGUUAUGUUUCGCAAAAGGAUUUAUCUGUGUUUAAUUUUUAUGUCCAAUUUUUAUGUGAUAAUUUUAUGUGCAAUCUUUUCCCAACCAAACCUUGCGGGCAUUCCGUCGAUAAAGUGGCGAACCAGCCCAGGAGGCUGAAAACCUCUCAAAUAAAGAAUUAAAAAAAAGGAUUUUACGUUCUUUCCCCAAAUCCAGCGCGAAACCACGAUUCAAAAUGACGUCAUGUUUACAGAUUUUUGUUUUUCAAUUUGCUAAAAGAAAGUAUCAGUGUAGGUCGGUAAUAACGUUGUCGGUAAAAUAGGCAUUUCACUCAACAGCAACAAGAAAUAUAAACAAAAACAAAUGCACGUGCCCGCUGUUCAGUUUUCAUAACAUUGAUUUUAUUUGAUUUGAUUCGUCGACGUGUAUUCAAAAAUGUCGAAGCCAUGCUCAAAAUGGACAGAACUUUCGACUCCACUCAGUCCACCGGUUCUACAAGUAUUAGCGAAAUGUGGCUUCGAAAAAAUGACACCCGUACAGGCGGCGACAAUACCUUUGCUGCUAUCUUACAAGGAUGUAGCCGCAGAAGCAGUCACUGGUUCUGGUAAAACACUUGCCUUUGUGGUUCCAUUGCUGGAGCUUCUUUUGAAACGCCAAAAAGAUACACAAUGGAAAAGAUCCGAGAUUGGUGCGAUUAUAGCAUCACCAACACGAGAGUUGGCAACGCAAAUCAGCGAUGUUUUGCAGCAAUUUCUCGACCAUCCAGAUUUAAGUGCGUUCAAGCAAAAACUGUUGAUCGGUGGAAAUGCAACUGAAGAGGAUGUAGAUUCACUCAGAAAAGAGGGUGCGAAUAUACUGGUGGCAACACCUGGUAGAUUGAAGGAUCUAUUAGAACGGAAAAGUGAUUUGAACUUAGCCGCAAAAGUAAAAAGCAUGGAACUGCUUGUGCUAGAUGAAGCCGACCGAUUGUUGGAUCUUGGAUUUGAAGGGACGAUCAAUACUAUCCUAGGCUAUUUGCCUCGACAGAGGCGCACCGGAUUGUUUUCAGCCACCCAAACGAAGGAAGUGAAGGAUUUAAUGAGAGCUGGUCUGCGAAAUCCGGUGCUGGUUACCGUCAAGGAAAAAGCGACCAUGAGUACACCGAAACUCUUGCAAAAUUUCUAUAUGGUUUUAGAAGGCGAAUAUAAACUAGUGAUUCUGUUGGACUUUAUCCGAAAACAAAAACUGAAUAAAGCGAUGAUAUUUUUCUCAACAUGCGCUUGCGUGGAGUAUUGGGGAAUUGCGCUAGCAGAACUGCUAAAUCCAAUAAAAGUACUCGCUCUCCAUGGAAAGAUGAAGUCUCAGCGAAAUCGAAUAUUGGUAGAUUUCAGAGAAUCAGAAAAAGCCUUAUUACUUUGUACAGACUUGCUGGCACGUGGAGUUGACAUACCGGAGAUGGACUGGGUUAUCCAAUGGGAUCCUCCAUCCAAUGCUGCUGCAUUUGUUCAUCGCGUUGGCCGAACGGCUCGCCAAGGCAACGAAGGUAAUGCUCUGAUAAUGCUUAUGCCAAACGAGGAGGCAUAUGUGGAUUUCCUUACUCGCAAUCAAAAAGUAUCGCUUAAGAAACUAGAAUAUGACGUCGGAGAAGAAAAACUAACAAAAACAUUGAAGAAUCUUCAUCGACUUCAGACGAAUGAUCGAGGAGUUUACGACAAGGCAAAUCGUGCGUUUGUUUCACAUGUUCAGGCUUACAGCAAGCACGAAUGUAAUCUCCUUCUGCGAGUGAAAGAUCUUGAUUUGGGAAAAAUAGCUACCAGCUAUGGUUUACUGCAACUACCUAAAAUGCCCGAAAUGAAGCCACAGUUCAAAGAUACCUUCCGUGGACCUGCUACCGAAAUCGAUUGUAACAAAUUAGUGUACAAGGACAAGCAGAAGCAGGCCUCAUACGAUAGUAAAUUGAAGCUUUUCCAGGAAACUGGCGAAUGGAAAGGGAAGAAAAAAAUGCUAAAAAAACAAUCAGUCCCCUGGGAACUGGCAAAGCAAGCACGUGAAGAGCGGAAGGAGAUACGGAAACAGCGCCGAGAACAGAAACAGAAAAAGAGGGCAGCUAUGGAAGCGGGUGAAAGUCAACCGAUCAAGAAGAAAGCGAAAUUCUCCCGGGAAGAGUUGGAGGAACUGGCGAAUGAUAUAAGAGCUCUGAAGAAACUGAAGAAGAAGAAAAUUACUGAAGAUGAGUUCGAAGAUGAACUGGGCAUCGAUAGCGAUUUUGUUGGUAGCAAUGAUGGUGAAUAGAUAUAUUUUGCAAAAAAAAAACAAGUCACAAUACUUAAUAAUAUUGAGAAUAUGAGAACAUUCUUUUAGAUCACUGCUCUAUCGACAUAUAACAUGCGGUGCUCUAUCGACAUGCGGUCGUAUG